UAUAUACUACUAUUAAAAAUGGUCUUGAACAUGUUGGUUUAACUUUGAACAAUAUAGUCAGUCAGGCUUAUGAUGGAGCAGCUAAUUUCAAUGGAAUCCAUCGUGGUUUACAGGCUCUAAUAAAAAAAGAUGCUCCAAACUCCAUACACACUCAUUGUUUUAGUCAUAUAUUAAAUCUCACACUAACUCAAGCAGCUAGUUCAUGUCCUGAAGCAGUGAAUUUGUUUUUGUUGCUAGACCGUUUAGCAAUGUUUUUUGGUCAGUCUUAUAAGCGGAUGGCAAAAUGGAAAAGAACUGUGGUUGAAAAUCACGUUGGGUCUGACAAAAUGCUUCGCUUACAAAAGAUUGGACAAACCCGUUGGUGGAGCAAAGAUGUUGCGUUAAACCACGUAUUUGACCCAAUAAAUACGCCUAAUGAAGAAAAAAAUAGAUUUUUAACGGUUAUCAAAGCUUUGUUAACCGUGGCAAAUUCUAAUGAUUUUGACUCAGUCAUAAAACUAGAAGCUCAAAGUAUAGCUAACAAGAUGUUAAAAUAUGAAACAAUACUAACGGCAUUUGUUUUUCAGUCAUUAUUUUCCCUAAGUUCUUCAGCAUCAGCAUGUCUUCAAUCAAAAAGAUUAAAUUAUACAUUGGCUUUUUUAUUACUAAAUAAUUUGAAAACCAAAUUAAUAGAAGGAGUUAAUAAUUUUCAACCAGUUUUUGAAAAAGCAACACAAUUUGCCCAAUAUUUCCAAUCCAUACUGGAAAACAUAGAUGGUACCGAAAACACAACAUGGUCUUGUGAAUUAAUAAAAAACAGAAUUCGACAAAAAAAAAAAUGCCAGGUCAAUUAGUUACCGAUGAAAGAACAAAAGAUGAAAAAAAAAGGUUUGAAGUCGAAGUGUACAAAACAGUUUUCAACAAUGCGUUUGGAACAUUAAACGACAGGUAUAUGAACAACCGAUGUAUAAUUCAAGAUGCUUCGUUUUUAGACCCUAGAAUUUAUCAAAUGAAAAAGCCAGAAUUCAUGUUCCCUGAAAAAUCUAUGGCAAAUAUUGCAAAUUUGGCUCGAGUUGACGUUGUGGUGGUGCAACGUCAAUUGAUUGAAUUUGCUCAGAAUUAUGAUGCAAUUACCCAUGUGUGUCUGAUAAGUAAUAGCCAGUAUAGUACAUUCGAAGAUGAAAUUAGUGACAAUGAAGAAGAUUCAGAAAAAGAGCUAAAAUGUGCGGUGAAUAAGUUGAAAUGUAAGUCAUGCAUUUCAUGUGCAUUCGAGUUUUUGUAUUCACUAGUUAUUCACACAACUGAUUAUAACGAGUUAUACACUACUUAUAAGCUGGUAACCACUUUAGCGUUUACACAAGUAACUUGCGAAUAAAGCUUCUCAAUCCUUAAAAAAAUUAAAAAUCGAUUAAGAUCAUCUCUGUCUGACGAAAAAUUAGAAGCAUUUAUGUUAAUGUCGUUUGAACGUGAUAUGGAAGUACCAUAUAACAUUAUUAUCGAUCAAUUGGCUGCCAAUUCAACAGAAAUGAAGAGGCUUCUAAUCGGAUAAGCUGUUAAAAUAGUCAUUUUUUUUUUUUUAAUAGUACUCGGAAGUAAAAAUACUCUUUAAUAGUUAUUAAUUUUAAGUUUUUAUAAAUUGAUAAAAAUAAAAUUUACUUAUAAAGUUAUAAAGUAUUGUGAACACAUUUUAAGUUCAAUAAAUAGAUAUUUACAAAUUUUUAUA